AUGGCUUCUUUUUCAACGCUUCCACACGAUUUGAUAAAAGAAAUACUUUACAAGAGUCCGGCAGAAUCUCUGGUCCGAUUAAGGCUGACAUGCAAGCAGUUGCGCGGUCUUAUCAACAAAGACAGUUUCAUCUACGAGUACAUGGAUCGUUCCCCCGUAAAAUUCCUAAGAAUUGAUCAGACAGUACAAAUCAUGGAUCCAGUGACAAGAACACGCUCAGAGAUACCAAUCCCAGACGAGUUCCAACCUCUGGAUAAUAUUAUAGCUAUGUUUCAUUGCGAUGGACUCAUGCUGUGUAGGUGUAGUUUCCUGAUGCCAUCAGAACUCGAGAAACUCGCACUUUGGAAUCCCCUCACGAGGAAAGUAAGCUGGGUCGACGAGCCCUCUCAAAAACCGUUCUGGACUUUUGAUUACUACGGGAUCGGAUACGUCCUUAACGAGCCUCCUCUACGUGAUUACAAGAUCUUGAAGUUUUCAGUUGAACGCAGUGGUGAAGUAGAGGUCCAUAUAUACGAGUGCAUGUCAAAGUCGUGGAGAACUCUUUUUGAUGAUACCAAGGUUGAUUGGAAAGUAGUUCCCCGGUGCAAUGGUGUGGCUGUCAAAGGGAACCUGUAUUGGCUUGCUAAGAAGAAUAGUAGAAACUUCAUUUUAGGUUUUGAUUUCUCCGAUGAGACAUUCAAGGACAUAUGUUUUUGUCAUCUCCCUUAUUACAAUAACUACCUAAGCUGCUACGAAGGGGAUAAAUUGUCUUUACUAGAACAAAACAGAUUAGUACUAAGUCCGAUCGAGGUGUGGGUUUCUAGCAAGUUGGCUGAUGGUAAUGUCUCGUUUAUACAAUAUCUCAGGGUGGACAGCCCUGAUCUUCCUUUGUUACGGUUCUUUACAUAUUUCAGUACAUAUAAGCCUCAUCCGGUAUACUGCAUUGACAAAGACAAACUUAUCAUCGCAUGUUAUGAGGGAGAUCAGGCACAUGAAGGUCCUAUUCUUUCUACUUCCAUUACUCUUUGCGAAAUUGAUAAGGACAGUGGGGUAAUUAGUAAAGAAAUUGUGACUGUGCCACCCUACUGGAAUUUCUCUGCUGAGCUCUUCCGUCCUUAUGGCUACAUCUACGUUCCAAGUCUGGUCUGUUUUCCAGUAUAA